GACACACCCACAUCAACCCCCCCCCAACCCUUACCUGUUUUAAAUGUCAGCUUCAAUUGGGUAGGGACGUCCCAAGGAUCCCGGAUAGCAAGGAUAGUGGACGGCAUCCCAGAGUCUUGGCAAACAUGCACACACCUUUAAAAAACAGUGUUGCCGGGUAAAUCAGUACUCUUUUAUACAGACGGUAUGCACCGGUUUUCAUACCCAUAUUAACCCUAUUCCUGGAAUAAACAUGGAGAUUCUCUUAAAGUAUCAUUGCUCAGCAGGGACCACAGUAUGCGGAUCACAGAGAGAAAACACUACUUUAACAUUACAGCGCCACCCUCUGGACUGGAAGCUGAACUGCUCUCACUCGUUCUGUAUAUGCUGUGUUCCGUCAUGUUCUGAAGUACUGUCAGCUGGCUGGUGGGGGCAGUGAGGCUGGCUGGUAAAAUGAAAUCUGUUUUCUAGACACACACACACACACACACAAAGGCACCUGUCUGGAACGUUCUGGUCUCUGAUUGGUUAACCAUAGAGUGAGAGAGAGAGCAACCUGACAAACUGUUCUUAAGUUUCUGAAUCUGAGCCACAAGGUUAGGUUAGGUUUCUGACUGAGAUAAUACCUGUGGAAAAGCAGACAGAGUUCUGGUUCAGUGAGAGAGAAGAUAAAUAUUCCGGAAGUCUCCACUCUGAAACCAACAAGGACAGGACACUAGAACAGCAGAACCAGCCAACCAGUGCAGCAAAAGCCUAUUCUACAGACAGGUCAGAACAGUACAGGACAUCCUAGAACAGAAACUAGCAUUCUAGAACAGAACAGGGUAUUUUAGAACAGGACAGGACACACUAGAAGAGGUACAGGACAUUCUAGAACUGGACAGAACACUCUCGAGGAUGAGGAACCUCCUGACCACCGAGAACCAGAACUGUUACCGGGAGCAGAUCGAGAAGGAGUGCUACACCCGGCUGGCCUGGAAGAGCCGCUACGGACGAGACUACCCCACCAGUUUCGUCUCCUGCAGGGCCAAUGAGCAGAUAAGGCUGAGGCUCCCUGAGCUCCCCCUGACCACUAAGACCAUCCUGCCUCCUGUGUUAUCUACCCUGGAGAGGAGGAGAGAGGCUGCAGUGCCCAUGGACAGGUCACUGAGCGAGGCUCCCCUGAUGAGAGAAGUGACACCCCAGACCAAGGAAUCUCUCUACCAGGGUUUUUCCAAGGAGGGGAAGGGGCGUAGCCUGUACCUCCAUACACGCACCCAGAAAGGCCCAGAGGAGAAGUUUGACUACCCUCUACUGUCUUCCUGGGACUACGGAUGGAGACUGGGUGACUAUGGAAGAGACUACAGGUCGCCAGCCAAUGGGAGAUCAGGAGUCGUGAGGAACAAUUUUUACACCAGGAAUGGAAUAUUCCAUUUUCCCUCCGAAACGGAUCGUCUUGGAUGACAAGCGAAAGGCUUCAGUUUUCAGCUGGUUUUAUACUUUAUUCUUAAAUUCUCUCGAUAUUGAUGAAGACGAACUUUAAUUUGUUUUCGCUGUAUAAGCAUGCUGUCUUUGUUUGAUUUAUAACAAAUAUAUUCUCUUCUAUAGGAUAUACAGAUGUAUGUUAGCUAUAAAUUAUGUUCAUAUGCAAUUCUUAUGAAAACACUGUUACUUUACAUAUACAAACUGUUAUAACUGUUGGAGAAAAUGUGUUAUAAUAUUUGUUUGGAUAAACGUUUUUCUAGUUA